AGAUGGUCGGAUGGAGACUUGUGGUGGAAAUAUAUGCUGAUUUAAUAAUACAUAUCAAUAUUUGCUUGGAAAAGCCCCAAAAUGAGGACAUUUGAACUAAAAACAUUACAUUAUUGUGGCAUAUUAGUGAAAUAUUGAAUAGAAAUAUGUAAAGGUGGAUUUAGAAACCAACACAUCGUUUUAUUUCCAAAUCUUGAGGCAUUUUUUAAAAUACAUCUAUUUUCAUUUAACUUAAGCCUAUCAUUCACCUAAAAUAUGGCCAUAACAGAUCAUUAAAUUAUUUACUGUUUAAAUUGGACACCAAACUGGGGUGGACAGAAUUUUUUUAUGCCAUUGUGCCACCCCUCUAGAUCUGCCUCCGCACAUGAGCAUAUAAAGUAAUUUUAAAGAUACAACUUGGAAAUAUUCACAACAAUGCUGGAUGCAGCUUUGUGGACGCUGGAUGAAGAGAAAGGUAAAGAAACAGGUAGAAGACAGGAAGCUGAAGAGCAAGAUAGCUGGGUGGGGCCAAUACUGCUGAGUGAGACUGAUCUCUGUUCAUUCUCUUGGCAGGCAGUCAGUUUGUGUGCCCACUAUAGGAUCAUGGUCAGGAUGGCAGCAUGGGCAGCGCUGGGCAGCGGUUGCCAGUGUGCCAGGGACAGAGGGGCAAGCCUAUUGAGAAGCAGUGUGAUGGACACAAUGGGUGCGACAGACUUGCUGCAUCAACAGGCUUUUUGCUGCUGUGGCCAGAAAUAAACCAUAAAUACCCCCACUGGCCUCCACCGACUGCUCGCCAGGCCUCCACGCCCACACACACCCUCACUCUGACAGACAGAAAAAGAGAAAAGAAAGAGGAAAGACGGAGAGCGUGGCUUGUACCAGGUGCAGUGAAGCACAAGCCAUCCAGAGGGAAAAUGACAGAACAGCAGGGAACCCCAGACCAGCUGCCUGCAGAGAAGGGCCAAGGAGGGGCUGGAGCCACAUAUAAGUUGGUGGUUUUUGAGUUUGAGAACUUUCGUGGAAAGAAGGUGGAGUUGUCUGGAGAAUGCAAAGAUGCAUUUGAGAAGACAGAGAGAGUUGGCUCAGUCAUCGUGGAGUCAGGACCAUGGGUUGGGUUUGAGCGUCCAGGCUUUGCAGGAGAGCAGUUCGUGCUAGAGAAAGGAGAAUAUCCUCGGUGGAGCACCUGGACCAACUGCCAGAGUAGCUACAACCUGAGUUCAUUCAGGCCUCUCAAAGUGGACAGUGCAGAUCAUAAGCUGCACCUGUUUGAGAAUGCAGGCUUUGAAGGCAGGAAGAUGGAGAUUGUUGAUGAUGACGUCCCCAGUCUGUGGGCUUAUGGUUUCUCGGACCGUGUGGCCAGCGCUAAGGUUAUCAAUGGAACGUGGGUGGGAUACAUGUAUCCAGGCUACAGAGGGCGCCAGUACGUGUUCGAGCAUGGAGAGUUCAAGCACUGGAACGAUUGGGGAGCCACUGCACCUCAGAUCCAGUCCGUCCGACGUGUGCGGGACAUGCAGUGGCACAAGAGAGGGUGCUAUAUUGCCCCCACCCCUGCCCCUGCCCCUACACCUCCCAAUCCUAAUCCCAACCCUAACCCCAACCCUACCCCAAACCCCAAUCCUAACCCUACUCCCCACCCAAAACCCCAAACUCAACCCCAAGCUUAACACUACACCUCCAGCACCUCCUACACCAACUGGGGCAGGCUGAAGGCAGCUGACCCGUCCCCAGUCUCUCCACUGCACCCCCUGUUAGUCUAGAAUAUCUGACCAUGCAAUUUUGGAAAACUGGAAAUAUUGAACAAUAAUGUAAAUCCGUUGGAAAUAAAGAUUUUGGUCCUGA